UCACAGCCCUUUUCCCACCUCGCCCCAGCGGCCGCCCUCCUCCAUCAGCCACAGGGCCUCCACCACACCGCCGUCACCCAGCUGGGGAGCGAGCCGCACCACACCCGUCAGACCCGCCUUGUCAAUGGCGUCGGUCAGUCGGCUGCGGAGGGCAUCUCGGAUGUGGCUCUUGAUCAGUCGCGCGGUCGUCCUGAGGCGGCCCACGCCCGGCAGGUCUGUGGAUGUCUGCAAACGAGCCACGGCGUCGGCCGGGAGGUCCUCCAACUUGGCCUGACCAAGGCAAACGAACACACAACAGACACGCGGUUGGUGACACACGAUUGGCGAAUCACUCCCGUGUAUCGUGUGACGGUUGGCUGACCGAUGCGUCAGUGCGCGGCUGAGGGAAGGUGGCCGACUUGACAAGCGCCUUCAGCGUGGCCUUCAGCUUGGCAUACUGCUGCAAUGCGGCUAUCAUGUGAAGCGAACAAUCCUGCAUGCGUGACAAACACGCAGCAGGGGCAUGUGCGUCUGCCCUUGUUCUGCCGAUGUCGCUUCGUGAGUGCUGCCUGCCUCUGGAGGUGCGUACCUGCGAUGAGAGUGCUGAUGGGUCCAGUGCGGACAGGCGGUACAUCAGACAGCUGAUCUGCAUGAGAAGAGAAAACAAGCGUGGCCUGCCUUCCGGUGAGGCUGCCGAUGGAUCAAUUCCAUGAUUGCUGACCUCCGAAUGCUCCUGUUCGAGCCCAGUCAUGGUGGGAGCCCGCAUCACCAUUU